AUGGGAGCUGGGAAACUGGAUCCUAUGCAUACGAGGAUGAGGAUGAAUGAUGAGGCAUAUGCAAGAGCUCUUCAGGAAGCUGAAGAAAGAGAAAUGGCAGCUAGAUUGUCUGCCUUAACUGGGUUAGCAGAUCGCGUUGAAGUUCUAGAGGAUGACAGUCAGACUUCUCAGGAUGUCUGGGAUGAAAUGGAUCCUGACGAGCUUUCAUAUGAGGAGUUGCUUGCGCUUGGUGAAUUUGUGGGAACCGAGAGUAGAGGAUUGUCCGCUGAUACAAUUGCAUCUUUACCUUCAAAAAGAUAUAAAGAAGGAGACAAUCAGAACGGAACCAAUGAAUCGUAG